GACUUGCCCAUGUGGUCACCGUCACAGCAGGCGCCAGGGCAAUUGCGUUGAGCACCUUCCUCCCAAGUUCCAGCCCAGGGAAACUUUGCCUAGGACGUAGCUUGACUGAUAGCGCACCUGCUCUGGUUUCAAAGUUGCCUGACUUGGGGAGCAGCUUUCUGUUGUGGUAAGAAGCAGUUUAGGUGACAGGCACUGUUGAUUGUAAGUUCGGUGUUGAGGUGAAUUGUUGCCACACUUUGCCAGUUGGUUGUGCUGUUGGCUUUCGCAGCGCCGCUGCAAGAAUGGGUAACACAUUUUGCUGCGUUUGCAUUCCCCAGUCGAAGCUGGGAGUCAUUGAGAAGUGGGGGAAGUAUACACACAUUGCUGACCCAGGGUGCCACGUUGUGAAUUGGGUUCUUGGCAGCACUGUCGCAGGAUACGUCAAUCUGCGGGUGCAACAAUUGGAUGUACGUUGCGAAACUAAGACAAAGGACAACGUGUUUGUUCACGUGGUAUGCAGUGUACAGUACCAUGCGAUUGAGGACCAUGCCUAUGAGGCCUUCUACAAGCUGACGGAUCCUCAGGCGCAGAUCAAAUCAUAUGUUUUCGACGUUGUAAGGGCGAGCGUGCCCAAGCUCAUUCUCGACGAUGUGUUCGACCAAAAGGACCACAUCGCCGACAACGUCAAGGUGGAGCUGUCCAAGGUGAUGGGCACCUUCGGGUACCAGAUCGAGCGGGCGCUCGUCAUCGACAUCGACCCCGACCCGUCCGUCAAGCACUCCAUGAACGAAAUCAACGCUGCCAGUCGGCUGCGUGUGGCCGCCCAGGAGAAGGGCGAGGCCGAGAAGAUCCUGGCGGUGAAGCGCGCCGAGGGCGACGCCGAGAGCAAGUACCUGGCCGGGAAGGGUGUUGCGCGGCAGCGCCAGGCCAUCACCGACGGCCUCCGCGAGAGCGUGCAGGCCUUUGCGGGCCAGAUCGAGGGUACGAGUGCCAAAGAGGUCAUGGACAUGGUGCUGAUCACGCAGUACUUCGACACAAUGAAGGAAAUCGGCGCUAGCAGCAAGAACACGACGGUGUUUAUGCCGCAUAACCCGAGCAUGGUGAGUGACGUGGCGUCCCAGAUCAGGACUGGCUUCCUGGAGGGCGCUAGCGGGAUGAAGCGGGAGUAGCUAAACGGUGUAAAUAUGCGACAGCAGAUAUGUUGGUAGCAAGAAGUCCAUGGCGCUCUGUACAGAGUCAAGGGUGUAUAAGUGCAUAUGCCUCAGUGGCGAGUCAAAUGCCGGCAACGUGUAAUGACUGAUUUUGAGCGAAGGAGUCGGUAGAGCGCAAGAGGCAAUAGAUUCGAACGUUCUGGCAAAGACCUCUUUGAAUGACGGUAGCAGAAGAGCCGCGGUGGUAAAAAGUGUUAGUAGAGCUCCACCAAGUUUGCUGCAAUCGAUAAGAGCAGAAUCGAAGGGAAAGUUGGCAACUGCUUGCUUCCCAAACCAAUGGUGGACAUAUUGCACUGCAAGCGAUUUAUCGAUUCAUCUUCCGGCAACUUCGAUCCGAUUGCAAUCCGAAUCGAAGUAAGCAACUUCCUCUAAAUUUAC